AAGUCAGAAGAACAUUUCUUUGUGCGCAGGAGCACCCGCCCUCCCUCUCCAACACCUCGUGUUGUCUUCGAAUCAAUCGGCUCCUCUCUUGCACUUUUCAUGGCGCAACAAACAAAGGAGAACUCAAAAUUUUGUCAUUUACAGUUGGUCGGAGAUGUUUGUUCAAAGCCCCAUUAGAUGGAGUCAGAUGAUGUCGCACGUGUUCUACAGGAGAGUUGUGCAUCAACAAGCAUGUUACGUGUCCAAAACACUUUGUUCUACUUCAUCUCGCAAAUCCACCUGAAGGGAAUCAAUGAAAAGAAGGAAGUCGAGGCUAAAUUAGCCGCAUUGAUGCUUUUCUUUUGAGUGCCAUUGUUUCCCCCGGGGCAGGCCAGAACUCGUCUGAUGCGUCACGUGACACGAUCAACAUUCCACAGAUGUGUCGAGUCGACCUAUAAAAGGGCCGCUCGUCGUCAUCCUCCACACAUCUGCAACAUCAAGCAUCACGACUGCAAAGAUGGCAUUUGCUCUUCACUCGUUGCUCUUCCUUUGCGGGCUCAGCACACUGUUGACUGGAGUCUAUUCACUUGACACCGUCCCAAUUCCUUGCUGUCCAGAUGGUUGGGUUCGCUUCAGGGACCGCUGCUUCAUCUACCGAGACACCUCACUUGAAUAUUCAGACGCAGAGGAUGCUUGCAACCUUCUGAACGGGAAUCUGGCCUGCAUCCGAAAUGCUGAGGAAAAUGCCCUUGUUUUCCAGCUGAUCAGGGAUGCUAACAAUGGUUCUAUUAUAGACACCUGGAUUGGACUUAACGAUGGAAUUGAGGAGGGUAGGUUUGUCUGCGUUGAUGGCAUCAAUUCCAAGUUCCUCAACUUCAGAGAUGGUCAGCCAGAUGACUUUGAGGACGACGAAGACUGUGCUGAGAUUGAUGAUGAUGGACUCUGGAAUGAUGAUAUGUGUACAGAUGACCAGCCUUUCAUUUGCGCCAUUAAUCUUCACUAAAGAAUCAGCAUGACUUGUGUCACAUCUGGAACUCCCUGGAGCAUCUUUUCCUCCAUCCUUUGAUGCAUUCUGUUUGCCAAGAUAAAUUUUAGAUGGUGUCUUUCACUGGAUCUACUUCAAAGUAUUUUCUUCUUUUUCUCCCCUAAAUUUGGUAUCUCUACAAUAAAUGAAGGAAUAUGUCUCUGCAUCAAA